GGGCUGUACUGCGGCCGGACCGUGCUGUCGGUGAACGGCUCCCUGGAGAGCUACGGGGAAUGCGGGGUAUGUCCUAGAGGACAAAGAACUGAUGACAACAAAAUCUGUCGUGAAUGUAUGGAAUCUCCAGACCGCUAUGACUGGCUAUACCUUGGCUUUAUGGCCAUGCUUCCCCUGGUUUUACACUGGUUCUUUAUUGAAUGGUAUUCGGGAAAAAAGAGUUCCAGUGCACUGUUCCAGCACAUCACUGCCUUAUUUGAGUGCAGUACUGCAGCAAUUUUUACACUGCUCGUGAGUGAACCAAUUGGCUCUCUGUAUAUCCGUUCCUGCAAGGUAAAGAAGCUUUCGGACUGGUAUACGAUGCUUUACAAUCCAAGUCCUGAUUACAUCACCACAGUGCACUGCACUCAUGAAGCAGUCUAUCCUCUGUACACAAUUGUGUUUAUAUACUAUGCCUUCUGUCUUGUGUUAAUGAUGCUACUUCGACCUCUUCUGGUUAAGAAAAUUGCCUGUGGUUUAGGAAAGUCUGAUCGGUUUAAAAGCAUUUAUGCAGCACUCUAUUUCUUCCCUAUCCUCACUGUGCUUCAGGCGGUUGGAGGAGGCCUGCUCUAUUAUGCCUUCCCAUAUAUCAUACUGGUGUUAUCUUUGGUUACACUGGCUGUGUACAUGUCUGCUUCUGAAGUGGAGUCUUUCAAGGAUCUUCUUGUCAGGAAGAAAAGGCUCGUUGUCCUCUUCAGCCACUGGUUACUUCAUGCCUAUGGAAUCAUUUCCAUUUCCAAACUGGAUAAGCUUGAGCAGGACCUCCCCUUGCUGGCAUUGGUACCUGCUCCUGCCCUCUUCUACUUACUGACUGCAAAGUAUACUGAGCCAUCACGCAUACUCUCGGAAGGUGGAAAUGGACAUUAAAGGGAGCCUCUGCCAACAAUGCUGACCUAAUCUGGAUCAAGCAAAGUCUAGUGCUUGUUAUGCGUUUGAAGACUUCUGUUUUAAAAGAAGUUUUUUGUGUACAAAACUUCAAAGUGAAACACUUCUGAGUGAGUCUGUGGAAUACUAAAAAGCUGCACUUUUUAUUCUUCAUAAAUACCUUAUAUAGAUCAAAGGGAACGUCUUUGUAUCUGUUUAUCACUGUGAAUCUGUAUAAAAGCUUGUGCACAUUCUAGUACAGUUAUUUGCUUGUAUAUGUUUAUUUCCUAAUACAGUAUUUUAGAUGUUGUUUGAAUAAAACAAUAACAGAACUUGG